AAAGUGUGCACGAAGCAAUGGGAGAUUGAAGGCAUGAGCGCGGUUUACUAGAAAUUACCAAACAACCAGUGAGCAACAUUUCCGACCAGGAGCUAGUUACCACCGUCUCCGGGAGGAAACCGGUUCAAUAUUCCAAGUUUUACUUGUCAUAUGUAUCUAAUUUGAAUAUUAAGUACUAAUCACACUGGAUAUAAACUGAGUGGCUAUUUUUCUUCCGGAAAAGCGGACACGGAUAAAAAGACCAGCAAGGAGAACAAAAAUGCUCAACAUUUCAGCUGGUACCGGGACCGUGUAAGAAUUUUAGAAAACAAAGUUUUGAGUGAAUGAGAUUGCAGAUUUGCGGCAUCACAAAAGCUGUGUUUGUUGGACCAGUGGAGAAACUAUUUCGUUGGAGAAUUGUUGGACAGCCUACAAAAACAUGGAAUCUAUACAUUUCCAGAGACUGGUUCUAUUGUCUUUGGGAAUGAUUUUGUACUUUGGACAAGGCGUUUUAGCUCAGACGGAAAGACAGACGUGUGAGACUGUCAGUAACAUUUUUAAAAGUUACCAGUUCUCGCCGGACAUUGAUACUCCAGAAAACCCUAUUUCAGGAGCUGGACUAAAAGUAUGUCAGCGAGACACUACUUGCUGCACUCGAAGAAUGGAGGAGAAUUUACAGACAAAGUCAUCCAACGACUUCAGAAAAGCAAUCCAGACCAACCUUGAUUAUCUUGAGUUCUUGCUCUCAUCAAGUGCCAAUGACUUCAAAGUUGAAUACGAGGAGCUCUUGACCUACGGAGAAGCCAGGGUACAAGAAAGUUUCCGCAUCUUGUACAUCAGCUUUGCCUUGGACCUGGACAAUGAUAUCAGAGAUCUUUUCGCUGACCUCAAAACCCAUUUAAAUGGAGGACAGGUCAAAAUUCAGCGAAGUGUUAGGAACUUCUUCGACGAGCUGUUCCCACUCUUGUACAGUGAAUUCAUCACCAGGGUUGGCCGUCUCGAUGCCCUUUUUGCAAACUGCCUGUCCGCUAAGCGAGCCAUCAUUCAACCCUUCGGCGAUAUCCCUCGCCAGGUCUCCACCCUCCUGUACAACUCUGUGGAGACGUCGCGCAUCCUCCUUAAAGCCGUCCAAGAGGGCAGCCAUGUGUUGAACGCCACGUUCAGCAUGGCGCUGAGUAAGAAGUGCAGUCGCUCCCUGCUGGAGAUGAACUACUGCCGGGUGUGUGACGGCCAGACCGGAGUACAGCCGUGUCACUCCUACUGCUUGAAUGUCGUCAAGGGGUGCCUGGCAAACUUCAUGGACUUGGAUGCUCCGUGGAACGAGUAUGUUACUUCAGUGAUCGACCUGAUAAGGCACAGUAUGAGGAAGGAUAACGAUCUUCAGCAAGCUAUGAGCUCCUUGGAAUAUCUCUUCAAUGAUGCCAUCAACUAUGCAAUGGAAAACAGUGGAGACAUUACAUAUGAGGUUCAUAGAUUAUGCGGCUAUGCUUCCAAAGGACGCCCGUCACCCUUCAACGAUUUUGCCGCGGCCAACCCACCCUCCAUAGACUUUCCCAUGGUACCAAACCCAAGCGUGCCACUGGAUGAGAGGCUGCUUGAUUUCGUGGAGAGCCUGGAUAAGUCUAGGGGUGUCUACCAAAACCUUCCCAUGAUGAUGUGCAUGGAUGGUGAGCUGGGUUCGACGGGGGAUCAAGCAUGCUGGACAGGACAGACAGUCGGAGAGUACACUUAUGAUCCAAUUGGGAAUGGUUUAGAAGCCCAGGUGAAUAACCCAGAGGUAUCAUGGACAGGCAGAGAGUUUGAGCUUCUUCAAGCCUUUGGUCUUAUGGACAACCUGGAAGAAAUAAUACAUCUCAUUCGUUUGAAACUUCGUGGCAAGAAACGCAGAGUGCCAGCAGAGCCAGAGUUCAGCGGUAGUGGAAGCGGUAGCGGCUGCUCAGAUGAUGAUGAGGAUUGUUUUAGUGGAUCUGGAUCAACGUCCACUGUGGAGAUGGAAACCAAUACCACAGACAUGGUCUACACACCCACAACUAAGAUUACACAAAAAGUUACCACUGAGGAAACUGACUUUGUCUUUGACGUUACCACCCCGAGGCCAAGCAGCAGUAGGACUGAUGAGCACCACCCAACCAUCAAAUCCAGUAUCAAACCGACACCCAGUCUGCUCCCAUUCGUACCCACCAAGGGGAGAGUCAGCACCAAGAAACCCACCGCAAGACCCACCACCGUGUCUGUCGUGGACGAGGUGCCCAAAAGAACCACUCCUUCAACAGCUGGUGGGGGCGAGGGGCAGAAUGGCAAGCCAGGAAAUGGUGUUACGACUCCAAGAAUCUCUGUCCUCGUUGUCUUUCUCUGUUUUCUUGUGUCAUGGUUGUCAAACAGGCAGUAGGGUUUACUGUUACUGUAUGUCUUUUUCUUUUAAUGUAUGGAGUCUUUUUUUUUAAUAUUAUGCCAAGAGUAUAUUUGUACAGAGUGAAGGACUGUUGUUACUGGUUGGGUUUUCUUAAUUAUUGGGUGAAAAUAAUCCGUAAAGCCAAUGUAUAACUUCUUGAAAGUUCAAUUUACUUGAAAUCCAGUACAAUAAUGUUGGGAAAUGUCUUAUUCAUCAGGAUGGCUUAGUGGUUUCUUUCCUUGCCUUCACCUCUGUGGCCCCUGGCUUGAAUCCCACGUCUGACCAGAGCCUUGCAUGUGGAUUGCGUCUUUAGUCCCUACCUGAUUGCGUGGGUUUUCCCCCUUGGGGUUUUCCUUCCACAUCUAAAACUGAGCAUCUCUUUUUGUUUCCUAUUUAUCGUUUUAUUGACGCUAAUUGUGCCGUUAUAUGUGUUAUCCAAUCAAUACAUUCAAUGAGUACAAUGUACAGUACAUGUCAACAGCAAUGGUGUUAAGCACUUGUUUCGCCAAGUGAGAAAAAAACCUAUUGUGUACUAACCAAGAAGAGAUGAAACAAGUUUAUGUACAUCAGCAAUAUUCUGUGGUUUUUAUAUAACGUUGCCAAGAUGCAAUGGUGUUGAAAUUUAAAAAGUCGUGGCGUAACUGUAAUGUUGCAGAGUGCUCAGCACUAAAAUGCAUUCACCUAUUUUAUUGCUUGAUUGUGAAUGCAACAACGCAUAAAUGUCAAGGUACUACUGUCAAAGUUGGGUUGUAGAUUUUUUUUAAAUGCAAACUUUUCUAUGCACGUACUGUAUAUAAUUUCGUCUUUAUACUAUAAGUAUACUGUUUGCUUGUAAUGAGGUAUUUUUUUAAAGAUUGCAGAACGAAACCGUUAUUAAACUAAAGUAUAUUUUUGUUAUGAGAUAAUUUUUGUGUGUAUAAUAAUAUUUGAUCAUCUGCUAGGCAGAGGGUUAGGAAGGGGAGGUAGCAUUUAUGACCUAGAUUGCUUGUAUUUUACCAGUGUUGGUCCAAUUUCAUAGAACUGUCUAAAGGAACACGUUGCCUUGGAUCGAAUGAGUUGAUCUACAAAAAGCGUUU